GUGCUUUUCAUUAAGGACAUAAUGUUUUUGACUGAGGAUCAUGUUUGACUGAUGUAAAUGUUAAUGCCAAAACAGGAAACUAGGAUGAAAGUAACACUGUAAUUAGUAGGAGUAGAAUUUAUUUCGUAUUAAAAUUUGUGUCAUGACGUAAUUUUUAUGGCUUGGCUCAAGCAACAAUUUUCAGAGUGCCCCCUCAUUGAUGCUACUCACAGAGAUGUGGAUGUGCUGUUACUGCUUUCUAACUCUGCCUACUACGUGGCCUAUUAUGACUAUGAAGUUGAUAAAGUAAACCAGUAUCAACGACUAAGUCUAGAAGACCUGGAAAAAAUAGAAAUAGGUCCUGAACCUACUCUUUUUGGUAAGCCAAAGUUCUCCUGCAUGCGAUUGCACUACAGAUACAAAAAAGCAAGUGGCUAUUUCCACACACUGAGAGCUGUAAUGUGCAAUCCAGAAGAGGACGGAAAAGAUACCCUUCAGUGCAUUGCAGAGAUGCUGCAGAUUACUAAGCAAGCCAUGGGACUGAAUGUACCUAUAAUUGAGAAGAAACUUGAGAGGAAGAACAGUAAGCCUCAUGAAGACAUCAUUGGUAUCAGAUCUCAAAACCAAGGCUCUUUGGCACAGGGAAAAUUUUUAAUGAGUAAAUUUUCAUCUCUAAAUCAGAAAGUGAAGCAGACCAAAUCCAAUGUAAAUAUUGGCAACCUACGAAAGCUAGGAAACUUCGCAAAACCUGAAACAAAAGUUAACUUUCUUAAACCAAACUUAAAAGUAAAUCUUUGGAAAUCAGAUAGUAGUCUUGAAACCAUGGAAAACACAGGAGUGAUGGACAGUAAGGUCCAGGCAGAGUCUGAUGGGGACAUUUCUUCAGAUAAUGACUCAUACCACUCUGAUGAAUUCCUUACAAAUUCCAAGUCUGAUGAAGAUAGGCAGCUAGCUGAUUCCUUAGAGAGUGUAGGUCCGAUAGAUUAUGUUCUUCCUAGUUGUGGUAUUAUUGCUUCAGCACCUCGGCUAGGCGGUCGGUCCCAGUCUAUCAGCAGCACUGAUGUUAGCGUCCAUGUUCCUUCAGAGAUGACUGCUGCUCAAGGAAGUGGGCUCGGAAGAGGCCAGGAGUCUCCCUUGAAGAAAAGUCCUUCUGCUGACAACAUACACAUAUUGACUGGCUUUGCUAAGCCUGUGGAUAUUUACUGCCACAAAUUUGUGCAAGAUGCACAAAACAAAAUGACCCAACUAUCAGAGACCAGGUCUGUGUCUCAGCAGGCUAGUGAGGAAGGAAAUCAAAUGACCAAUCAGGUUGCCAAUGAAGAAACCCAAUCAGAAUCAAUGGAACAGACACCUUCUCGACCAUCUCAAUUAGAUGUGUCUUUUUCUGCAACAGGCCCACAGUUUUUGUCAGUUGAACCAGUACAUGCAGUUGUAUCUCAAAAGACCCCUGGCUCUGGUUCCAGCAUGCUUGAACUUGAGACAGGGCUUCACAUAACUCCUUCUCCUUCAGAGAGCAGUAGCAGCAGAGCAGUCUCUCCCUUUGCCAAGAUUCGAAGUUCCAUGGUCCAGGUUGCAAGUAUCACUCAAGCUGGAUUAACCCAUGGGAUAAACUUUGCAGUGGCAAAAGUUCAGAAGAGUCCUGCAGAUCCUGAAGUGGUUAAUGAAGCCCAGCAAAAUGAACUUAAAAAUAUGUUUACACAAUGCCAGACAAGAAUAAUUCAGAUUUAGGUUUUUAGACACAAAGAAUCCAGUGAUUUUUAUUUUAAAAAUGGAAAA